UCGAUUCUUGAUGAUAAUUAACGUUCUAGCUCAGUCGCGGUUGAGAUGGACUCCUCUAUGUACCUGUAUGAUGUCCCCCCAGUUUUGAUUGAGACGUUUUGUAAGAUAAUCGACAGCGGUGAUGACAGCCUCGGAUGGCGCGGGCUCGCUGCGCGUAUCGUGUCAAGUUGGACGGAGGUGCGACGCACCGAGAGGCUGGAGGCAAUAGGCAAGAGCCCCACGCGAGAACUCAUCUGGUCGUGGGCGCAACAGAACAAAACUGUUGGGGACCUUGUGAAUGUGUUGGAGGAUAUGGGUCACUACCGAGCUCUACAGAUCUUUAACUCUCAAGAAACACAGUAUUCCUUCCCCAACAGUGGACCAUCAAACAGCAGCAGGGAUAACCCCUCCGCUCCUCAGUCACCCGCGUCACCCCCACCUGCCAGCGAGUCGACCCAACCUGGUUGGAACCAGUCUAAUUACCAUGUGUCUAGUGAAGGUAGAAACCACAGGCUUGUGAUCACCUACUCCGACGUCAUAGAGGGAACUAGACAUUUUCACCAGGACAUGAAGAUCUCUGAGGGCAGCUUCUCUGCUGUCUACAGAGCGGUAAAGGGACAUGAAACCUUCGCUGUCAAGCUCUUCAAGCAGGUGCAGAAAGCCUCAUGGAGGAAGUUGUGGGACCUAUUCAGGAGAGAGAUGGAAGUUCAUCAUCUCUACCAGCAUCCUAACAUCUUAGAGCUGUUGGGUUGUUACUCUGAUGGGGAUCGUUACUGGCUGGUAUACCCUUACCUUCCCAACGGAUCACUGUUCCACAGACUGCAUGACCAGAACGCAGUGCCCACUCUCUCAUGGCAGGAGCGUCUGGACAUCAUCAAGGGGACGGCUAAGGCUGUACAUCACCUACACAUGGCCCAGCCCUGCACUGUGGUCUGUGGUAACAUCACAAGUUCUAACAUACUGCUGGACGAGCGGCUGCAGCCCAAGCUGUCUGAUUUUGGGACGGCCCGUCUCAGACCCCACUCUGUCAGUCAGAGCUGCACCGUUACCUUGGAUACGACCUUCGGAACCCUGGGCUACCUGCCGGAGGAAUACAUCCGAGACGGAAAGCUGUCUGUCAGUCUGGACGUGUUCAGCUUGGGAGUGGUUAUAAUGGAAAUAUUAACGGGACGGAAAGUUAGAGAGGAGACUCCUAAACACACCCUGCUGAGAGACGUCCUGAGUGGAGAGAUGGAGGACACUGGCAGUGUAGACUCCUGUCUUCAGUAUCUGGACCCGAGAGCUGGUCUUUGUCCCCACUCUAUGUCCUUUACCUUGUUGCGUCUAGCCCUGGACUGCACCUCUACACGACCACGCAACAGACCCACCAUGGAGAAUGUGCUACAGGUAUUGAGCCAGCUGCUUCCCCUGCCGUGCCCACCUGAAGACCAGCCACACACUCUGACCGACGAGGCCCCAGCUCCCCCUGCCUCUCCUGCCCAGACGGGACAUGGCCCCAGCUCCAACCCCAGCCCCAGUGUGCCUGUGGAGGAUGAUGAGCACAGUUACCCCAUUGAGAACCCACAGCCAGCUCCAGCCCAGGGAGGGCCCUGUGAGUGUAGCCAGUCAGAGGUCACCUAUCUGGGCAGUGGGGAGCGGAGCAGCCACCUGUCACGGGAGGGGGCAGGGGAAAGAGCAGGGCUAGGGGCUGAUGAGGCUGACCAGAGCCUACAGACCAAUGGAGAGCCAGUGGAUCUUUACGGUAGCUGGCCAGUCCAGUGUAGCUGUUCAGCUGAGGUGGAUGGACUGGGCUGUGAGGACUGUAGAGCCAAUGGGUUUACUCCCUGCCCCUCAGACCUCCCUCAAGGUGACCUCAGCUUCUCUUCCCUCAGUGUAGUGGACAACCCUGUCAAGCAGAGAAUGAUAAAUAAGAUUGAUCUGUACAACAGAGGCCUCCUCAGAACAGAGGAACUCCUCUCUGUCUCCAUGACUACCCAGGAGUGACAAAGCUACAGAGGAACAACUCUCUGUCUCCAUGACUACCCAGGAGUGACAAAGCUACAGAGGAACUCCUCUCUGUCUCCAUGACUACCCAGGAGUGACAAAGCUACAGAGGAACUCCUCUCUGUCUCCAUGACUACCCAGGAGUGACAAAGCUACAGAGGAACUCCUCUCUGUCUCCAUGACCACCCAGGAGUGACAAAGCUACAGAGGAACUCCUCUCUGUCUCCAUGACCACCCAGGAGUGACAAAGCUGAUCUAGGAUCUGCUUGCCCUCCCCGAUUCCUAAUCUUAACCAUUAGAGGGUAAAAACACAAACAGACCCCAGACCAGCAUCUAGGACAACUUCACUACUUUGAAUGACACAUGCAUACAGUACAUGGCCUGCUGAGAGAGAGGGUUAACUUAUCCAUAUAUCUGACUUAGUCAUUGCUGGCCCUGGUUAAAUGACCUGGCAUGGCCACUCAGCCACAGGACACUGUAGAUCAGGGGUGUCAAACUCAUUCCACGGAGGGCCUAGUGUCUGCAGGUUUUUGGUUUUUCCUUUCAAUAAAGCCCUAGACAACCAGGUGUGGGGAGUUCC